GUAGCCUAUCAAUAACAUCAUCCCCUUCACCAACCCAUCCUCUUCUCCUUCUUCUCUGUCCCCAUCAAACUUCUUUCCCUUUCUCUCUCUAUAUAUACCUCUCUCUCUCUAUACGUUCCCAUACAAAUACACACUCACAACCCCACCUUUUUCAUCUUUUGUUUUCCUUCAAACAUGGCUAACUUUUCCGGAUCUUCGUUCGCUCUCUGUUUUCUGCUUUUUUGCUAUGUGGGUUUGUCUUUUGCCGUCGAUAUGUCCAUUAUCGACUACGAUCAGAAACAUGGAAUGGCGGUUCCUUCUUCCUCCUCCGAAAGGACCGAGAAGGAGAUGAGAGUUAUGUACGAGUCUUGGCUUGUUAAGCACGCCAAGGCUUACAAUGCCUUGGGAGAGAAAGAGAAGCGUUUCGAGAUCUUCAAGGAUAAUCUCAGGUUUAUUGACGAGCAUAAUAAGGAGAAUCGGAGUUAUAAGGUCGGUUUGAAUAGGUUCGCCGAUCUGACCAAUGAGGAGUAUAGGUCUAUGUAUUUGGGUGCGAAGAUGGACCGGAAGGCUCGGCUUUCCGGCGAGAAGAAGAGCGACCGGUAUGCUUACCGUGUCGGCGAUCAGUUGCCGGAGUCUGUCGAUUGGAGAGAAAAAGGAGCCAUUGUUUCGGUUAAAGAUCAAGGACAAUGCGGGAGUUGCUGGGCUUUCUCAACCAUUGGUGCAGUUGAAGGGAUAAAUCAAAUUGUAACUGGUGAACUGAUCUCUUUGUCAGAGCAGGAACUUGUUGAUUGUGAUGUUUCUUAUAACCAGGGCUGCAAUGGUGGUCUUAUGGACUAUGCCUUCCAAUUUAUCAUCAACAAUGGUGGUAUUGACACUGAAGAAGAUUAUCCAUACAAGGCUCUUGAUGGCACUUGUGACCCAAACAGGAAGAAUGCUCAUGUUGUGACCAUUGAUGGUUAUGAAGAUGUGCCAGAGAAUGAUGAGAAAUCCUUGAAGAAAGCUGUGGCCAAUCAACCUGUUAGUGUUGCCAUUGAGGCUGGUGGCCGGGAUUUCCAACUCUACCAAUCGGGUGUCUUUACUGGACACUGUGGAACACAACUAGACCACGGUGUGGUUGCUGUUGGGUAUGGUACCGAAAACGGUGUUGAUUACUGGAUUGUGAGGAACUCAUGGGGAUCCAGCUGGGGUGAGAAUGGAUACAUCAGGCUGCAGCGCAAUGUCCCCGGCACCAAAACGGGCAAGUGUGGAAUUGCCAUAGAGCCAUCAUAUCCAACCAAGAAGGGUCAGAACCCUCCUAAGCCUGAUCCAUCUCCACCAUCUCCUCCUGUAAAACCCCCAACUGUUUGUGAUGAUUAUUAUUCAUGCCCUGAGGGAAGCACUUGCUGCUGCGUCUACCAGUAUGGUGAUUACUGCUUUGGAUGGGGAUGCUGCCCCCUUGAGUCUGCAACCUGCUGUGAUGACCACUACAGCUGCUGCCCCCAUGACUAUCCUGUAUGCGACCUCGAUGCCGGAACUUGCCGAUUGAGCAAGGACAACCCAUUUGGAGUCAAAGCACUGAGAAGAGCUCCAGCUAGAAGUAUUAGAACCCACCAGCAUGCUGGUAAGAUCAUCGUUGCUUGAAAAAUCCUUAGGGUCGAAUUGGGUGGUUUGGAAGAGGAAACUGAGUUUCAUGGGAAAGAAUGAUGGCUGGUUAGAUACAAAACCACACCCAAUGGGAGGUGUGCAAAGUGAAGGACAUGAAUUUGUUAUUCACAAGAAGGAUUAUUUGGUGUACCCCUUGUUUAUUUCCUGGGAGUCAAAAUGUCUUUUAAAUUUAUGGUGAAUUAUUGUAGAUAACAGAACUAUUUUACCAAGCAGAAACUAUUUGAAUUUCCUUGUUAAUCUAUUUCUCACCAUAAAUUGUAUAUAUGGGCAAUUGGUUCUCUUUGUUGACGUGGAUUGUUGCAUUUUGUUUGUGGGUGAAAUUUCAGGCUAUUAACUGUUUGUCAAACUUUAAUGGUGGAAUAAAUUCUGAUAGCAAUUA